UCAGUGUGUCACGGUGCGUGUCUCAGCGUAUAUAAGAGAGGAUCAGGGUGCCUUUAGUCAGACCAAAAACCCGCUGCGAUUUCGACUCAGUCAGUACCGGAAGCAUGGAGAAGGGUGUGCUGUUCCUCUGCAUCGUCUGUGUCUCGUUUGCGCUGAUCAGUGCCAAACCGAUUCCUCUGCCGGAGAAUUAUGACGAGGAAUUACUCGCACCCAAGGACACCUUGCACUAUCCGUACCUCUUCUGGCUAGGGCGACCAUUUUACGCGCAGGACGACGACGGAGAUAAUACGUAUUAUCAGCCCGAUCGAAGAUCGUCUACUAUAUCGUACGCUAAUGUCGGAGCUGGAUGGGGUCGCUGAAGAGCUUCCAUCGCGCUUCUUCCAUCGCGGCCGGCGUACGCAUCGUAAAUUUAUAUUAAUUCUCGCGUUAAGCGAAUAUCAUACUUCGUAAAUUACCCGGCUAUCAUCGACGAUGGCGAUGCUGAUGUCGCGAAUUAACGAUAAGCUACUAAUAUGCACGAACAGUCUCCCGCAACGGAAUUUCGUGCCAUCGUUCCGCAUUCGACUAAUAUCCCAUCUUCCCAUCGCCAUUAUCGUUCCUCGUGCAUCCUUAAUCGAGCACCGAACGAUUUCGCCACGGAAUUCCCAUGAAUCACCGAUUUGCAAAUUAAACGGUGAAAACCGAUGAUAGAGAUCUCUGCAAAUUCGCGCAGUCCUUGACUGAGAAAGACGCGAAACGAUCGGUCACGCCAUAUGAUUUAACACGAUUCAAACGAUACAGGAAUCGCUAACCGGUUGGCAAAUAUUUAUGAAUAGGUGUAACGUCAGUAGUAAGGUCGGAGGUUCCACGUAUCACGGAUAGAGACAAGUUAGAUGUACUCGGGUAGGUUCUAUUUAUUUAGCGACGACUGAGGAAGCAAUGAGCAAUCCAAUCUUAAUC